AUGAAGAAUCCAGUGCGCAGCAACUUAGACAGUGUUGAGUACAAGUCUUCAAAGCGCAAGUUGAAAGCCGCCGACGAGAACGUCCAGUACUCGACCCGAGAGCCGACCUGGGAAGAGCAGCUGAGGCUACCGACAAGAUUUCACGAACACGGUAAAGGCACUUGGCCUGCCUCGCGUAUUCUAGAAGAGAAGGAACGCAGAGUCGGAAGGACCAAGAAGAAAUUCUACCUAGUCCAGUGGGAGAAACACCCAGAAACGGGCGAGGUUUGGAAGCCAUCCUGGGUCCCGACUGCUGACCUGUUGAGUGGUGAACUGCUCCGGGAUUGGGAACAGUGGAAAAAGCGAGGGUCCCAAGACACGAGCGACUCGUCCAGAGCUACCUCACACGCAGCCAGUGUGAAGCCAGAGCCUCGACGCAGCAGAACCCUCCAUAGGAUUCCAGACUCCUCGAGCGAAGCAGCUUCCGAGAAGGUCACUCCUAGCCAGCCACGGCAAAGAUCAUCAUCACGAACUCCAAGUCAGCGGAAGUUAGCAACACCCAAAUCGAACUCCAGAACAGCGACAAGCAAGCCCGGGAGAUCAGCCUCGUCCCCCAUCGAGAUUGCGGAAACUCAGACAGACACAUCACAACGCGUGUCGGUUUCAGUAACAAUCCCUCCUUCUCGUAUCGAUAAGAGCGAAUACGAAUCUCUAAACUCUAGUCAAAUCAAUUCUGAGGGUGCCAUUAUAGGGUUUUCUCCGCCUCACGGUCAGAACGCCAUCUCUGAACGAUCGCCUUUUCCUCGUGCCCCCGAACGAUCAGCCGAUACGCAACAACCCGAUCCGAUAGGACUCUCUUCGGGCUUUUCGAAUUCCUUUGCUGCCAACGACUUCACACCACUAUCCAACGGCAGACCAGUCACUCCAUCAACGCCCAAGAACUUGUCUCGGCCUCCUACACGCACCAAAACUUCCCCUGGAAAAGUACAUUCCAGCCCCGUGUCGAUACGAAGCCAACCACCGAGGAAUUCUAGAAAACGUGGAACUCAGCCAUCUGUUUCAACUCUUCAUCAACAUAUUCUCAGUACUUCCACUUCGUCUGACUUUGGCGUACGCUCGCCACAGUACGUCCAAAGCACAUCCCAAGAGUCUGAAAAUCAUCUUCGGGCAAGUGAAGAGCUCAACUCCUCGGGGUCAAGAUACAAUUACAACGUGAACGGGUUUUCUUCACAGCUGGACAAGACACCAUCUCAAUAUCAGAACGGGACGACGUCAUCACCCUGGGUCUUUCAAACUCAAGCACCGUUUCGAUUUAGUACUGGUAAAGGUUUCGAGCGCCCAACAUCUAGAAGGCAGUCUUUGAACGGUUUUUCGUCUUCGGCACGUUCCGGAGCUUUCGGGUCCGCCAUGGAACACCAAACGAUACCCUCGUCAUCACAGGCAAUGAGCCCUCCACCUGUACGGACUGGAAGCACUGCAGGGUUUGGUGUAGCAACUGUACCUGGGAGUAACGUUCCAGGACAUGAUCAGAAUGGUUACUCGAGCAGUCUGGAUAUCUCUGCUGGUGUGAUCGCGACGUCACCCCCAAUUGCAAGCCAGCACGAGCACCAUUCUGGACCUGAACUCGCCCCAAUCCACCCCCCACAGGCACCGGUCUAUGAUGUCGCACUUGGCGGGAGCGCUCUGCCCAUUCAGAAGUCGAUCGAGGAAGAACCUCAAUCUUUUAGUGGUGAGCAUUCGUCAGCAGAAUCCAAAGCAAGCUCGAGUCAACAGUCUGUCGAACAUGAAAGAGAUGUCGCCCAGGUUGACGGCUUGGUACUUCCGACCUUACCAGUAUUGGGACCUGACGAGUAUGCCCUCGCUCUCCCAGCCGAAGGCAAGAUCCAGUCGGUCUAUUCCGACAUCAUCAAGUCGAAGAAGAAGGCAAUCCUGAAAUUUCUCAGUCGGCAUGAAUCCGUCGGCUCCGCUAAUGGGUCUCUCACCAGGACACAAGAACGGAUUGAAAUGGGUGAAUUGAUCCAACAACUGAAUGACACGGUCACGCACAUGGACCUUGGCCUUCCCGGAACUUUCACACAGUAUUCCAUUCAGUCAGAGGAACACGCAGCCUACGCAAACUACGCAGGGUCCAAAUUUUCUCUCCUAGGUCACCUCGUUGACAUGCUAGUCAAUGUCGAAUGUUCCAUCGUUAUCAUGAGCCAAGCGGGGCCCGUACAGGACCUGAUCGAGCAAUACUUGAAACUGAAGCAUAUCAAUGUUAGGCGACAGGAUCGUCCAGCGACUGCAAGCUCGCCGGAGUCAGAGCGUACUCGAAAUGAAUUCCGAGUCGAAUUGAUCAGCACGUUCUCGACAUAUCAAGUGAGCUUUCUUUUGAAACCUAUCUUGAUGAUUGCAUUUGAUGCGUCGUUCGAUUCACAAGAUCCCCAAGUCAUGCGUAUCAGACAGUACUUUUCGCCAAAUCCUCCAGGACUGUUGCCUGUGGUCCACUUCCUUGUGUCCAAUUCAUCUGAGCACGUGGAUCGAUGUCUGCCGAAAGACAUGCCGUCCCCAUCAAGACUGAAGCUUCUAGUACGUGCUACGUAUCAAGCCCGACCAAAUUUGGGAGGCAGGCCGACUUAUGUACCCGAUGCUUCGGAUGAACCUGAAGGUCGUACUAUGGACAUGGCAGAUCUACAACGAGGUCUCCGGAAGACUCCAGAGCGCAAACUCACCAUCUUUGCUCGAGUUAUUACCAGAGCUUCGCUAGCGAAAGACUUCUCCAGUAAUUGGACGCUACCAAUGCCUCCGCUGCAAUUGAUUGAUAUGGAUCUAGCUCCAUCAAGGUCCAGCGGCGUCCCAACGAUGGCUCCGACACCUCAAGAACCCAUCCGGUCGAGAACUCCUGCGUCGCGAGCCGAGACCCCAUCGGGUAAAAAGCGAAUGUUGGAUGUUGACAACUUUCUUCCUGCUUUAACGAAGCGGCAGAGAGUGACUCCUCUCCGAGACUCGGCAGAAGUAAUGGUCAAGACUGAACCUGACAGCCAACUCCAACAAAUGCAGGAGCUUGUCACCAAAUUACAGGCAGAUAUUCAAAGUGAACGUGAAGCCAGGCAGAAGCUCGAAGAAGAGAAGACCAAAAUCCAGGAGCAACUCGGGAAGUGGAGGGAGGAUCAUGCCAAUCUUCAACGACGUUAUGAAAAACGAAUGACGAAAUGCCACGAAUUAGAUUUUUCCACACAGAAGCUCCAAAAGAUUAUUGAUAAUAAUAAAUCGCGACAUGAGAGAAUCGCCGAAGACAAUGUGUCGCUCAAACGAAAAGUGACUGAGCUGCAAGCAGAAUUGACGACCGUGCGAGAAGAGUUGAAAGCUGGUGGCGGCGACGCAGCUGCAUUGGAAGCGGCUCGUGAAGAGGCUCGUGGUUUCCAGGCAAAGAACGUCUACCUCGAAAAGUCGCUGGAGAACACACGCAAAGAUUUCGAAUUCACACGAACCCAAUAUCAAGAGGCCUCCAACAAAGCUGCCGAGUUCGCAGGACAAGUUCGAGAACUGGAGACCAAAGUUGCCGAGCUCGCUCUGCAAGCUGGUGACGAAAAGCGGCGCCUCAAGGAACAAAGUCAUGCUUACAGCCUUGAAAAACACUCUUCAAAGAUCCAGGAGUUGCAACUUGGUAUCCGUAGUCGAGAAGUGCGACUGAAAAAACUGGAGGAAGAGAACCGUCAAUUGAAGCGUGUCAGAGGUGUACAGACCAGAGGAUCGAGCGUCCAACCUCCAGGAAGUCCAAAUCUGGAUGCUCCCGGUAGAGGAACCAGAAGUCGACAAGCAAGUCCGGCGGCGGGGUUGUUUUCCAAUAGUCAUCAUGCGGCAGGAUCUAAUAGGGGAAGCUUGCUUAGACAUCAAGAGAGGUAA